AUGGCUCGAACAAAGCAAAUGGUUCGUAAAUCUAUGGGUGGAAAGUUGCCAUCAGAGAUAAUACGUAGGGCAGCCUUUAUAACUCCCACAAUCGGAGGAGUAAAGAGGCGACACAGAUUUAGGCCUGGGACAGUGGCUCUGAGGGAAAUUCGCAUGUACCAGAAGAAUACUGGAUUCUUGAUUCAGAAAUUACCAUUUCAGAGGCUUGUGAAAGAGAUCGCUCAGAAUUUUAAGAUGAAUCUGAGGUUUCAGAGCAGCGCUGUGGAGAUGCUUCAGGAGGCGGCUGAGGCUUAUUUGGUAGGCUUGUUUCAGGAUACCAAUUUGUGUGCGAUUCAUGCUAAGAGGGUGACGAUUACGCCGAAGGACAUCCAGUUGGCCAGAAGGAUUAGAGGUGAGCGUGCUUAG